AUGCAGCGUAUCCAGAACCCGGCAAAGGUGGCCCUUCGUCAACGGAUCAAGGAAAAACUCCAAGCACUGACGGUCGAAGAGCGUGGUCGACAAUCGAGUAUCAUUAUCGAAAAGCUCACGAGCUUGCCGUUCUACGAGCAGUGUAAAAGGAUUAGUGUCUUCCUGAGCACCGACACGGAAGUCAACACCCGGCCAUUGCUGGAGCGGAUGUUUCACCAGCGGAAGCAGGUUUUCGUGCCAACCUACAACAAGAACGCGAUGAGAAUGGUGAGAAUCAAUGAUAUGGAGGAUUACGAAGCGCUUCCGAAAACUGCCUGGAAUAUCAAGCAGCCUCCGUUCGACGAUGCGGCACGUGAGGAUGGACUCGCAACAGGUCUGGAUCUCAUCAUCUUGCCCGGGGUGGCCUUCACUGCCGGAGGCGGCCGUCUGGGUCACGGCGGGGGAUAUUAUGAUCGAUUUUUACGGGAAUACUUUGGCAAGUUCCCCAACACGGCGCAGGGCGCCACGCACCUCGUUGGCAUCGGCUUCCGGGAGCAGAUGGUGGACGACGAUACGCUGCCCACCGACGAGCAUGAUGUUCCGAUCGACUGUGUUGUGACUGCUGACUGAGGUGAAAGUGAAGUAAUAUUCAAAAAUCGUUUGCUGUUCGAUUUGCUUUUUAUCGCUUACCUGUCUGACCAGUUUUUACGAGUCCUUAAAAGUAUGGGAUUAAACUUGUGCGUACGACCACUUUUAAUAUGUCCAAGGGGUUUUUACUUGCUACAUUUCAUAUCUUUCAAAUAUCAAAAUCAACUUUUCAAUUCCUUUUAUAGCUCAACUUUUUAAGUUUGU